AUGGAACUAUUUGAAGCGUUGUAUGGUAGGAACUGUAGGACUCCCUUUUGUUGGUCAGAAUUGGAUGAAAAGCGGAUCAUUGUGCCAGAUUUCGUUUUGAAAAAAAAGGAGAAAGUGAAGUUGAUAUGUAAGAGGCUGAAGGUGGCCUCAGACAGGCAAAAAUCUUAUAUAUAUUUGAAAUGUCAUGAUAUCGAGUUUCAAGUGAGAUAUAAGGUGUUUUUGAAAGUUUCACCUUGGAAGAAGGUCCAAAGUUUCAGAUUGAAGGAACUUGAGCGUAACUAUGAUGUCUUCCAUGUGUCCAUGUUACAAAACUAUUUAUCGGACACAUCUCAUAUUGUUCCGGUAGAAGAGAUCAAGGUUCGACCUGAUCUCACCUAUGAUGAGGAGUUGGUUGAGAUUUUGGCUCAAGAGGAGAAGGUUUUAUAG